CCAUGAGAAAUCCGGAAAAUAGCGCAAGCGCAAGCAAUCACAACAAGGACGAGUGCAAAGUCUCGCUGCUCUCAGUAUGCGUUUGGUCGUCGCACCGUGACAAUGGCGAACCGAACUCGUUAUCUUGGUAUUCGCGACGAACCCAGAAUCUACAAUCGAGACUACAAGGAUGACCUACAAGUCAGCGUACAGCUGAACGUGUGGACCCUAAAACCGAUCGGCACAUGGCCAAAAUCGCCGGACCGCUCCUGGAUCGAGGCGGUAUGCUGCAGAACGCUGCACGCGAGUUGCUACGGGCUGCUGGCGCUGAUUCUGAUCCCCUGCGGCAUGUACAUCGUCCUAGAGAUGAAGGACUUCUACAACCAGCUGAAGCUCGCCAGCGCGCUCAGCUUCUUCAUGAUGUCCGUGAUGAAGUACUGCGCGCUGAUCGUGCACCAGGCCGACAUUCGCAAGUGUGUGGAGUACAUCGAGGGCGACUGGCGAAACGUGCGAUACACGGAGGACCGGAAUAUCAUGCUAAAGAACGCGAACUUCGGUCGCCGGCUCGUAGUGAUCUGCGGCUUCUUCAUGUGCGGCGGCAUCCUGUUCUACUACGUGGCGUUGCCGCUCACUCGUGCCAAGAUCACUGACGAGGAUGGUAACAUGACGUAUCGCCGGCUGGUGUACCCGGUGCCCAAGGUGAUCGUCGACACGCGUCGCAGUCCCGUCAACGAGAUCUUCUAUUUCAUCCAGCUGCUGUCAGGUUUCGUCGCCCACAACAUCACGGUAGCCGCAUGCGGCCUGGCAGCUCUGCUAGCGAUGCACGCCUGCGGCCAACUGCAGGUACUUAUUUCCUGGAUGAAUCACCUGGUUGACGGCCGCGAGGAAGUAAACGACACUGUGGACGAGCGACUGGCUAGCAUGAUCCAACUGCACGUACGCAUUUUGAACUUUAUAUCGCUAACUGAGGAUUUGCUGCAUGAAAUAUCAUUGGUGGAGGUUGUGGGAUGUACCAUGAACAUAUGUUUCCUUGGAUAUUACUGUAUGAUGGAAUGGGAUUUUAAGCAACCUGUUAGCGGCUUGACAUAUUUAAUACUGCUCGUCUCGGUUACGUUCAAUAUAUUCAUAUUCUGUUACAUAGGUGAACUUUUAGCGGAACAGACUAUGAAAGUAUGUGAGAGCUCGUACAUGAUCGAUUGGUACCGGUUACCAAAGAAAAAAGGUCUUGCCAUCAUCCUAAUAAUCUGUAUGUCCAAUGCGACCACCAGGCUUACUGCCGGAAAUAUAAUCGAAUUGUCUAUUAGCCGUUUUGGCGAUGUUAUUAAAUCUUCUGUCGUAUACCUAAAUAUGCUACGAACAUUUACGAUUUGAAGAAGUACAAUAUAAAUUAUAGUAUACUUAUCUCGAGUAAAAUUAAUCUCUCACGAAUCAUACAUAGCAGCAAUAAAAUAUUUUGAGCACAUACAUCUUCAUAGAACAUUGAUGACUGUGCUCUGAAUUGAACAGUCAAAGUAUGUAAUGUCACACCAUAUCAUUUGUUAAUUAAUAUUAUUUCAGGAUAGAAGCUUCCUCAGUUCUGUAGCGCCUCUAAAUAAAAUUAAAAUAGUAUCACAUGCACAAGUUCUUAUCAGCUC